AUGAAGCUUUUUUGCAUCCUCGCUCUCUUCUUUGCCUCUGUAAUCGAUGCACAUUGGCGAGGGAUUCCUUUUGUCCCCAAUCCUUUGCUUGCACACCAGGGCUUUGAAUUUGGCUUCGAACAUCAACACAACAAACAUGAUGGCGGCUUCCAUGGGAUCUUUGGCAAUGACGAUUCCAAAGAUUCCAAAGCAGCCGUCGGGGAUCAGCCCAACGUCGAAGUUCAGGCCGACGCAGCGGUCGAUGUAAACCAACCCCAACCAGACGUAGUACCGGAUGAUCAGCCUAAUCUCGCAGAAGCCGGCGGUGAUGCCGUUCCCGACGCACCAGCACAGCCGGACUUCCCUGUUGGCAACAAUAUGGGGACGUGGGACUUGCUUUUGGAGGACUCUGGUGUGUCUGUCAUGCAUAUUAAUUUGCUUCAAACCAACAAGGUCAUGUUCUACGAUGCCGCGGCAUUCCAUAUAUCGAAAAUCAAAUUGCCCAACAACGAUUGCAUUCCAUGGGAAGAUCAAUCUCAGAAACAGUUUUGUGAUGAUUGGGCUCAUGCAGUUGAGUAUGAUAUUGAGAAAAACACAAUUAGACCGCUCAAGGUUGAUACUGAUCCAUGGUGCUCAUCGGGUGGGAUUAUGCCCGAUGGUAGGUUCAUCAGCACCGGUGGUUGGUUCAAAGGAAUUAGAAGCACUAGAUACUUUACCCCAUGCACCGACGGAAAAUGCGACUUCAAAACCUAUCCAGAGGCGUUGGCAGACAAAAGAUGGUAUGCAACUCAGAUAACACUAGCAGACGGUAGAUUGUUUCUUGUUGGUGGCCGAGGUGCAUACAGUUACGAAUACGUGUUACCAGAGGGACAAGACAACACUAAUAUGAUCAAAUCGCUUUUUCUUGACGAAACCACCGAGAUGGACGAGAACAAUCUCUACCCAUUCGUUUACCAAACUUCCGAUCCCAAUAAUGUCUACAUCUUUACCAAUGACCGCUCCAUCCUCUUCAAUACCAAAACCAACAAACAGGUCAAGGAGUUCCCCAAACUCCCCGGUGGCUCCCGGAACUACCCGGCUUCAGGCAUGUCGGUACUCCUACCCAUCGAGCUCAAAGAGCAGAACCCUGCGGACAUCCCUCUCGACGUCCUCAUCUGUGGUGGCGCUCCAAAAGACGCUUUCAGGAAGUCCAUGAAUGAACCACGAGAAUUCGUUCCUGCCUUAGACGACUGCGCUAAAAUGCGGAUCACCGACCCUAAUCCGGUCUGGGAAACGGAUAAAAUGCCCACAAAACGUGUCAUGGGAGACAUGCUGCACCUUCCGACCGGUGACCUCUUGAUCAUAAACGGUGCAAUGGCUGGUUCCUCAGCUUGGUACCAGGCUGAGGAGCCCAACUUUACCCCUCACAUAUACAACCCUAGAUUCCCAAAGGGACAACGCUUUUUCAACAUGGCACCCUCAAAAAUUGCAAGAUUGUACCACUCCACCUCGGCAGUGCUCCCAAGCGGUAAGAUCCUCGUGGCAGGCAGUAACCCUAACGACCGCUACCUCUUCGCUCCGGAUGAGAAAAGCAAGUACCUAACUGAGAUGCGGCUCGAGAUUUUCAAUCCACCUUACAUGGACAAGGCCUUGGAUAUCCACAGGCCGGUCAUCAACGCCGACGCCACAGAUAAAAAGCUCAAGUACGGAGCAACCUUCGGGGUUCAAUUCAAGCUGAACGAGGCAGACAAGCCUACCAAGAAUGACAUCAAGCUCCACAUGUACGCUGUUCCUUUCACAACUCACGGCUACUCCAUGAACCAGAGGAUGCUUGUCUUGGCCAUCAAGGACUUCAAGCCAGAGGGACCUGGUGUAUAUCGUCUCACAGCUUUGGCUCCACCAUCCGGCGCGCUGGCUCCACCAGGGUACUACUUGCUGUUUCCGGUGCACCGCGGUGCGCCCGGCGCCGCUGUGUGGGUGUCGAUUAACCAGUGA